UCAAACAAUAUAUUCUUUCUGAUCUCUUCCCUCUCUUUCUCUUCCUAUCCUCUUAUCCCUCUCUCUCUAUCUUUUCUAUUUGUUUAUUCUGGGUCAGAGCCGUACGGACUUCAGUCUUUAAACAAACCUGAACUUUCUGUCUCUCUUCUACAAAAUCAAACUGCACACAAACACACACACACACAAACGCGGAGAAGACCUCUCAUAAAGGAAAUCAAACUGCACGCAAGCACACACACAAACACGAAGAAGACAAGCUACAGUAUUGUUUACAAAGAUAUAAAAACAAAUACAGUUUUAAAAAUAAAAUCUGAAUCCCAAUGAUGCAUCGACCUGUGAGACCGGUGGGGGUCUUGCUGUUUCUCUGGGUGUGUCAGACUGUCUCAUCGGUUCUGGGGACCCCCUCUACCGUCCCUCUGUUCGGGGAAAUACGAACCCCGAAUUAUCCUAACGCAUACCCCGCAUCUAAUCGCACUGAGUGGGAGCUUGCUGUUCCCAAAGGAUUCCUCCUUAAACUGAUAUUCAAGUACUUUGAUGUGGAGCCUUCUGUGGACUGCAACUAUGACCGCGUGGAGGUGAUGUAUCAUAGGAGGGUUCUAGGUAAAUUCUGCGGGCAGAAAGGCUCUCUGAUUGGUCACUACCCUGACAGGGCGCCAAUCAUGUCACCUGGCAACAGCCUGAAAGUGAUCUUCCAAUCAGAUUUCUCCAAUCUGGACAGAUACCUGGGGUUCCUCGCGCAUUACCAAGCCAUUGAUAUCGAUGAGUGCUCUCAACCGGCCAAUGAGGAUGAAGGCCCGCUAUGUCAACACCUGUGUCACAAUAUAGUGGGAGGGUACUUCUGCUCCUGUCACCAUGGUUAUCAGCUACAGUCUGACAACAGCACCUGUAAAGUGCAGUGUGAUGGGGAGGUGUUUCGGGAGGAGCAGGGGGUCAUUUCCUCUCCUCUGUACCCCCACGCCUACCCACCCACCCUGUCUUGCCGGUAUCAGCUGCGCCUGGAGCGUGGAUUCCUGGUCACGUUGCACUUCACAGGACUCUUUGAGGUCGAUCACUACCAGGAGAAAGAAUGCCCCUAUGACACCCUGCAGAUUGUUAUUCCUGGAAAAGAUCCUCAGACAUACUGCGGAACCAAAAGUCCUGGGAUUAUUGAAACCGAGAGCCACUCAGUGGAUAUCAUUUUCCAUACGGAUGAAUCCGGAUACAACAAAGGAUGGAGAAUCAAAUACAGUUCAAAGCGGGUGAAGUGUCCAAUGCCGGUUCAAUUUCUGAAUGGAAAAAUUAUUCCGGAUUUUGAGGAAUAUCGUUAUCGAGACUACAUCAAAGUGCGAUGUGACGUGGGAUACAAGAUGAUGGCUCAUGGUAAUGAGAUCACAAAUUUCCUCUCGGUGUGUCAGAAUGAUGGGACAUGGAACCUCCCUCUCCCUCAAUGCCAUAUUGUGGACUGUGGUGCGCCGCUGUCUUUGCUGAAUGGGAGGAUCGAGUACACAGUCGGCAGAGAGUCUGAAAACGUCUACCAGUCUGUUAUCAAAUACCACUGCAAUGAGCCGUACUACAAGAUAGUACCUGCCUCGGCUGGGGAAGGAAAUCAGUUUUUUUGCUCAGCUCGCAGGAAGUGGGAGGAUACAUAUCGGAACAAUGUCAUUCCAACCUGCCUGCCUGUGUGUGGGAAGCCCCAUAACCCCAUACCCAAGGUCCAGCGCAUUCUGGGAGGCAACAUAGCACCAAGAGGCAGCUUCCCCUGGCAGGUGCUUCUGCUCAGUGCCGGGAGAGCUGGGGCUUUCCUAAUCACUGAUCAGUGGAUAAUGACGGCUGCUCACAACAUCUACCCGAAACAGAAAGACCAGAGAGACAGCUUGCAAGACCUCACGCAGUCCAUCCAGAUCCACCUGGGGGACACCAAUUUGGAGAACCUGAUCCUCAUGCCUCGCCUGGAGAUCCAGGCCAUCUUUGUGCACCCCAGCUUCCAACAAGGGGCUCUGCAGUUCAACAACGACAUCGCGCUGAUCAAGCUGCGGCACCGCGUCACAUUGAACGAGACCGUCAUGCCGCUCUGCCUCCCCGCCGCUGGUUCCCUGUACCAGGCCGGUGUGAUGGGCUACGUCUCCGGCUGGGGCGUCACAGAGGGACAUAAACUCUCCAACCAGCUCAAGUAUGUGGCACUGCCUGUGGUGGACCUGCGCCAGUGCAACACCUCCUUCAACUCAGAGAGGAGCUACAGGAGACAACGUGGCAAGGAGGACAUCCCACAGUUUACUGAAAACAUGUUCUGCGCAGGGAGAGUGGAGGGGGGUGACGACACCUGCUCGGGGGACAGUGGGGGCGCCUUCACCCUGCUUAGGGAGGCUGAAGGGGGGGGGGAGGAAUUCUAUGCAGCAGGGAUUGUUUCCUGGGGAGUGGAUUGUGGGAAGAAGGGAAACUAUGGGGCUUAUACCAGAGUGGAGCGAUAUCUGAGCUGGAUACAGCAGACUAUCCAGGAGAACUGAGACCUUCCUCUCUCUCCACUCCCUCACCUCUCUACCCUCCCUCUCCUUUCCUCUCCUUUCUAUUGCCUCCAUCUCCUCUCU